AUGGGGUGUGCAGCAGGAUUUUCACUUUAAUAAGACUUAGAUUUGUCUAUUUCUCACAAAGAUUCUUAGAUGUUGUUACUAAAUAUUCCAAUACAAAACAUAUAUCAACCGAAAACAAUAGAAUCAACUUUUUUGUGUAAUUCUCUGAAGUGGUGCGAUGAAGAUGACAAUUUAGAGAAUCUUUUUGAAGAGUGUUGUAAAUUGGAAGAAGACUUAGUAAUUGCAAAUACAAGAAUUCUUAAGAGUGAUGAAAAUGAAGUCAAAGAACUAUACCAACUUUAGUAAUCAAAAAACUUCUCUUAAACCUCGAUAUGUGUGUAGAAAAGGAGAAAUCGUUUAAAAAGUAAUAACAAACUUCCAGAUAAAAUCCCAAAUAGCAUUUUGAAAAGAAAACGUUUAAAAGAUGAUUAAGUAUUUUCAGGAAAGAUCCAAAGUAAAAUAAAAGUGUAAAAAAUGGUGAGAUUCAAUAAAUGUUAUGUAAAAUUCCUACCAGACACUUUAAUGUGA